GAGAUAAUUAUAUUCGGCAUAAUUUUUCCGUGUCUAUUUAGAUAAGUCUGUAUUUUAUAGAGCCAAUUAGGUACGAUACCUAUGAAAAGGAUGAAUAAAUUUUGUACGAGUAAACUUCACGUAAAGAGUGAACGUUCACAAAAAUAUGAAUUAAUUUUUAUGGCUACAUGAUUGCCUACAUAUCUGAAUAAUAUUUAUGCAGGUACGAUAACCUUUUAGUAGUUGAUCCUCGCAUUGAUAUUCUUCGCAAUUUUAGUUACCAAUUUAUAAAUCUUAUUCAUUCGUGGUGAAUGUUCGCUCGAAACUGGUUUAAAAUUUAAAUUUACGCACAGUUAGUUGGUGUUUUUUUCAAAAUAACCUGGACAAGACGUAUGAAAAUGAAUCUGAUUUUAUGUGCGUUGUUUUCAACCUUGAUUUUUUGCGUAAGCUGCGAAUUAUUACAGCUGAAAAGUGGAGUGAUCAAUGGUACUGUUGGGAAGUCAAGAAAUGGUCGUCUAUUUCAACAAUUUUAUAGCAUUCCUUACGCAGAACCUCCUACUGGGGAGUUGAGAUUCAAGGCUCCAAUUGAAGCUAAAUCAUGGUCCGGCAUCAAAGAUGCAACGAUAUUACCUCCAGCUUGUAUCCAAAUUCCAACUUCCGAUGGCCCUAAUAACACAAAAGAAGACUGCCUUUACUUGAAUGUUUUUGUACCAAAUGAUUUAUUCAAACCCUCCGGUAAAGCUACGGUUAUGGUGUGGAUUCAUGGAGGAUCAUAUCAAGUAGGUUUUUCGGCGGAUUAUAGUCCCGAAUAUUUCAUGGACGAAGAUGUCAUCCUUGUAACUGUCAAUUAUCGACUUGGAGUCUUAGGUUUUCUCGGUUUGAAUAACGAUGUAUUUAGCGGUAAUUUUGGACUAAAAGAUCAAGUCUUAGCGUUAAAAUGGGUCAAAGAAAAUAUUGCAGUAUUUGGAGGAAACUCUGAUCAAGUAACAGUGAUGGGAGAAAGUGCUGGUUCAUCUUCUGUGCAUUUACACAUGUUCUCUCCUCUCAGCAAAGGACUAUUUCAAAAAGCAAUUAUGCAGAGUGGCAGCGCCUUUACCAGUUGGGCUCUUUCUACUGAUGGAACCAGUGAAGCCGUUUCCACCGCGUUUUUGGUAAUUUCUGGUUGUUGGAGGAAUGAUUCCAUCAGAAUAUUGAAAUGCCUGGAAAAUAUACCAGCGAGUGAUUUUCCAGUUUUGGAAAACAGAUUGUACUCUUCUUGGAAAUUCGACGGAACUGAUAUCUUAUUCAAACCUUUCGUCGAAUCAAAUGUGAAAAAUCAGCCUUUCUUACCAAAAAAACCUGCUACAUCUUCGUAUCAACAAUAUAUACCCUGGAUUACUGGUAUGAAUUCCGCCGAAGGAGCGAUGGGAAUGGCAACUGUUUUAGGUAGAGGAGGAGCUUUAGAGAACGUUACGGAAUUUGAUAACAAAUUUCUGGUAUCUUUUUUGAGAAAAUAUAUCUUUUUACUCGAUCCCGAAUAUUCUGAAAACAAGACGCAAAAAAUUAUCGAUUUUUACUUCAAGAAUGCUGAAACUAAAAAGAGCAAGAUAUUAAAGCUUGUCGAUAUCUUUACAGAUUUUGGUUACUUAUAUCCGUUGAUAAAGACUGUUCAGUCGACUCAUCUCCAACAAUACGUGUAUUUGUACGAUCAUAGAGGAUCAUUCUCGGGGCAAGAUGAUUCCAAAUUGGAUAUAGAUCUAGGUGUUGCACAUGCCGAUGAGCUCCCUUUAUUAUUCCGUUGGAGCGAUUUGGAAGCUAAAUGGAACCCUCAAGAUAAACUGGUAUCAGAAACAUUGGUGAAACUUUGGACUGAAUUUGCUAAAACUGGUGAUCCUAACGGAGCAUCUGUAGAGAAAUCAUGGAAGCCCACCGGUUCCAAAGGUGAUAUCGAAUAUUUGCGUAUUAAAAGCAACGGCACGACAUCGGAAAAAAAUCUUUUCAAAGAGAGAUACGAGUUUUGGGAAUCAUUGCUCCGAAUCUAAGAUCGGAAUUAAUGAGAGCCAAGAAGUUGUCAGCACUCCGAAGAUAUUAAUUUGUGAAUCGCUCGGUUUUUUGAAAUCUUACUAACAAGGGAAGUAUCUUACUCGGUAUAAAAAUUUUUGAACCGGACAAAAUGGAUACUUCCUUUGUAGGUAAAAGACCCAGAAAUAAAUUCAAGCUGUUCAAAA